UGUUUAAUGUUUCUAUAGUAACCAGCGAUUGAUUGAUCAUCGUUGCAAUCACCGGCUAUGCGUUUGUUUCGUUUAAAUCUCUUUGGAUAAUUUACUUGAGAAGUGUUUAACUUGGUUAUAAGUCAACAUGGCUGAUGAAGAAGUGGCUGAAGAAGAAGAAGUUGUAGAUACAGGUGGUGCUGAGAGUGAAACUGCUGUCAGUCCGAUUGAAACACAAAAACCACUCGCUCCACCCAAAUAUGAAGUUAGACCUGGACUUGGUGAGAAGUUUCAAGCACAAAACGUAAGGGACAUCAUUAUGUCUACUAUGCAAGAACAGCUAAUGGGGAGGCAGUAUCGCGCCGACCAAGCUCCGCGGUGGGCUAAGGUUAUUGCAAACGCAGUACGACAACGUGUUCAGGAUCUUGAUAUGAAAAGGUACAAAAUAGUGGUACAAUCUACAAUAAUAGAAAUGAAAGGUGCUGGUGUGAAGUGUGGUCAAAGAUGUAUCUGGGACCCAGAGACGGACGAUUAUGCAGAUGAAUUGUAUAGAAAUGAUACAUUGUUCUGCUAUACUAUUGUCUAUGGUGUAUAUUUGUAUUAGAUCUGUAUGAAACUAUUGAAAACUUUUACGUAGAAGCUGGUAACAUUGGACUGAUCUAGUGAUCUGCCAUUACAAAGCACAGCUUUAAAUACUGGUUCUAUGAUACAGAGGUUAACAUACGAAAUUUACAUACAGUUUCUGAAUUCAAGUGGUAAAUAUACGGCGCAAAAACAUAAAAUUUCAUUCGUCAAUGAACUUUAAAAAACGGCUGGUUCGACUUUUCUACUUUUUAAUAAUGUUUUUCGUAGUCAUUUGAAUAAGGAUUUUGGAUAAUAAAGAUUUGUCUACCGCAUUGAUCUGAUGUAAACUUAAAAUAAAUUAGGGGUCAAAUCUUUUGACUGACAGUUUGUUGGCUAAGUAUAUUAUAUACAUAAAAAUGUAUGUUACGAGGUAAUGAAAUAAUGUGUGUGCCUUAAAUUUAUCUUCAUAAAAUGUUUACUUAAAUUAAAUUAUUUUAAGUUAUUUAAGUGUCUUUGUUUUACAAUAUCUUUAUUUUUUUAGAGAUAGUGUUAGAAUUAAGGCGUUUGUUUUAAAAGUAUCUUUGUGUUUUUUGUACACAAAAUAUAAGCUGAAUGUACAAUUUUAAGUGUAUGAAUUUUGAACAUAGACUAAUGAACUAGGAAUAAAAUUGUUUUCACAGUUA